AUGGAAGAAGAACUCGACCAAGACCACUAUCUAUUUACCAACCCCUACACAGGCAAGUCGUACAUCAAGAAAAAGCAACAAUCUAUGCAGAAUUCAGCCUCAAUGCCACACCAACAAGUGGUCCAAGACAGUAAGCAAGACUUCGAUUUUCAUGGGCUCUUUAACACCGGAGCUUCCAAGAACAGGUGUGCCGUAAAAAGACGUCCUACGGUGACAGGAAGUGUGUCUGGAAGAGCCAGUAAGACGCAGAAGACCGGUCCCGGUUCUGUCAUCAUGGCUUCCGUCCCUGAGCAGAUCCAAGUAGAAAAGAACGACAGUGAUGUCACCGACAGGCCCGAGAAUGAAGAGGAUUCUCUUGGAAGUGAUGACGACUUCAACCAGAAGGUAAAGACCAUUGUUGACGAGCACAUCGGUGGUAGCCUCAACGAGUAUGCCAGAAAGAAGUUCGUUAAGUCCAUUCGGGAUCCCAUUACCAAAGCCCAGAAAGAAGCCUUGGAGCGAUUGAGGAGCGAUGUGGUUUCACAGCUGAAUGUGGUCAACCAGAAUACAAAGGAUGCCAUUUCGAAGACGCUCAAUUUUCGAAUGGAAUUUGACCACCAAAAGGCUAGAGACAUGAGGUUCCAGCAGUUCGUGGUGGAGAAGUUGGGCCAAAUGAAUGGUACCAUUGAGGCCCUUGGUAGGUACCUACUACGACGUCUUGGUAGUGCCGAUGGCUUGGAUGACAGCAGUCUAGCCAACAUUGUUGGCUUCGACAGCUACGACGGUGUUCAAGAAAAUGUGUGA